AUGGAAGAUUGUGCAGUUAGAUUCAUUGAAAUUGUGCAUAAACAAAUUAUCAGAGAUUCUCAAAAAUCCACGAACUCUCCCUCACGUGUGCAAGUUGUAACUUCAUUGAUUUACAAGCGUGCGGUUUCAGCAAUGUGUUUAAAUUUCAUUACGGCAUCAUUCAGCAUAAUGGUGGACAUUAUUCGCAGAAGAAUGAUUCCUCCGAACAUAACUUGGUUCUUGUCUAUGUACGUAGAUAAGAAUGAAAUGGAGUUGCAGGAUGUGGUAUGCAAAACAAAAGAAGGGAUACAUGAGUUUUGUGAUGUUUAUCCAAAAAAAAUUAGAGGAAAAGAGAAGGAUGAUUUGUCAUUUAUAUCUGAGUGUUUAAAACAUGUUAAUGAUGCUUAUUCUGAGGAUCAAACUAUGUUUACUUUUAGUAGUUGGUGUGGAUUUCCAAUCUAUGAAGUAGAUUUUGGUUGCGGAAAACCUAUAUGGGUCACUAGUUUUGGUUGUUCUUUGAGGAAUGUAAUAUUUAUGAUGGAUACAAGAGAUGGGAAAGGGAUUGAAGCACUUGUGAAUAUGGAAGAGGACGAUAUGGCUAAAUUCGAACAAGAUGUGGAGCUUCUUCGACAUGCCUCUCUUAAUCCAACCAUUGAUGACUAUGUUGUCUCAUCUAAUUAAGUUCUCUCAAUUCCUUCUUAACAUGUGCAUCUAUAUCUAUAACAAUGUGUUAUUUUGAGUUUAGAGAAAUUUA